CUCCCCCCGACGCCACAAAUCGAGCGCUCCUCCGAUGUGCCGCGAAACUUUGUCAUCGCGCAGCCCGGGUGGUUAAAGGGGUCGCGGCCGCGGGUCCGUCGUAACGCCUCUGCUCGGGAUUGACUCUUUGAGGUCAUGGCUGAGGACAAAGAGGCUGAUGGCGUGUCAGUGAUGAAAACAGAGGAAAUGGACCACCUACAAACGUCUCCCUGCAAUACAAGAUGGUCUCGGCAACUGUCGGCCCUUCCACACAAGCUCCUACAUCGUCUGAUGCCUUUCCAAAGAGAAGGAGUUGAAUUUGCCUUAUCGAAGAAUGGAAGGUGUAUGAUUGCCGAUGAGAUGGGUCUCGGGAAGACGGUGCAGGCCAUCGCCGUGACCUACGUCUACAGGCAGGAAUGGCCUCUCCUGGUGGUGGUGCCCUCGUCCUUGAAGUAUCCCUGGAUGGAGGAGCUGGAGAGGUGGAUCCCCGAGCUGCAGCCCGGUGACAUCAACCUGGUGGAAAACAAGAGCCAUAUCACGGGCAUCAGCAGCAGCAAGGUGACGGUCUUGGGUUACGGCCUGCUCACCACGGACGCACGCUCUCUGGUCGAGGCUCUCAACAGGCAGAGAUUUGCCGUGGUUGUGGUGGACGAGUCUCACUAUCUCAAGUCCAGGAACACAGCACGCACCAAGAACCUAGUCCCCAUCCUCCAGAGCGCCAAGCGGGUCAUCCUGCUCACGGGUACCCCUGCCCUGGGCCGACCUGAAGAGCUUUUCAUGCAGAUUGACGCCCUUUACCCCAACAUGUUUGGCAGCUGGACCAACUAUGCCAAGAAAUACUGCAAUGCCCACUACCGGUACUUUGGGACCCGGAGGCAGUGGGAUUGUCGCGGGGCAUCCAACCUGGAUGAACUGCACCAGAAGCUGAGCCAGAUCAUGAUCCGCCGUCUAAAGGCCCAGGUCCUCACUCAGCUGCCCCCCAAAGUUCGCCAGCGCAUCCCGUUCGAUCUGCCGAAAGAAGCCGCCGUUAAGGAGGCCUUGGCCAGCUUCGAGGAGUGGGAGAAGCUGAUGAGGAGCCAGGGCUCAGGGCUCAGCAGCACAGAUAACCCCUUCACCGAGGUCAUGAGUCUGGUCACGCGCAUGUACAAGCAAACAGCCGUUGCAAAGGCGGGAGCGGUGAAGGACUACAUUAAGAUGAUGCUGGAGACGGAGAAGCUCAAGUUCCUGGUGUUUGCCCACCACCUGACCAUGAUGCAGGCCUGCACCGAGGCUGUCAUCGAGGCCAAGGCUGGUUAUAUUCGCAUUGACGGCAGCGUGCCAUCCUCAGAGCGGAUCCAGCUGGUCCGCAAGUUCCAGAAUGACCCGGACACCCGUGUGGCUAUCCUCAGCAUCCAAGCUGCCGGACAGGGUCUGACAUUCACGGCAGCCAGUCACGUGGUUUUUGCUGAGCUCUACUGGAACCCGGGCCACGUCAAGCAAGCUGAGGACCGCGCCCACCGCAUCGGGCAGACCUCCUCUGUGCAUGUCCACUACCUCAUCGCCAAGGGCACCUUCGACACCGCCAUGUGGGCCAUGCUGAACAGAAAGGAAACAGUGACAGGCACCACUCUGAAUGGGAGGAAGGAGUACCUGACGGCGGAGGAGGGCGACAAGGACAAGUGGGAGUUCCUCAACUUUGCCAGCGCAUGGACGCCCAGCGAGACACUCCCGCCGCUCGAAGGGAAGGCAGGAAGUGACAAAAGCGGCGUGUUCUUCUCCCACUUUGAAAAAGACAGGCAGCACGACAUCCGCUCCUUCUUCUCCCCCAGCUCCGGCAAGAAGAGGAAGAGGCCAGAGGAUGACGAGGCCUCUCUGGCCACGCCCUCGCCGACGCCCCCCUCAGCGCGGCGCAGAGAGGCGAGCUCCGAGGGGAAGGGUUCGGAAGGGGAGACGCCCACCCCGGAGGACGAGGGGGACUUCUCGUCCCGGCCGAAGAGGCUCAGGACACCCCCGGUCAGCAAGAGCCCUCGGUGUCGAGUAGCGGGCGAGUGGAGGGCCUCGGCGGGCGGGCGCAGGUUGGAGAGGGUGUCCCCCAAAGAGACGUGGAGCUGUGUGGCCUGCACGUAUUCCAACAGCAGCCUGCUGCCGUACUGUGAGAUGUGCGAGGCGCCGCAGACCUCCUCGGAGCCGUCCGGGCCGCAGCGCCCCGCCUCGCCCGGACCGCAGCGCCCACCUCGCCCAGAGACACCCGCGCGGUCCUCUCCGGCACCGACAGUGAGCCGGAAUCCAGCCCCGGAAACGCCCGGCGGCCAAAGAGGCACAAAGACAAAGACAAACAGAGAGGAGGGGAGGAGGAGAGGAGGAGGUGGCGGAUGAGACCCCAGAAGACAAACACGGACUGGCAGAGGACGAGCAGAG